AUGGCCUCGCCCGGGUCGGGGCCGGCCCGGGACGCUGGAGUCCACGUGCCGCGUGACCCCGGGGAGGCCGAGCUGGCCUUCGACGCCGGGACCUACCCGCUGGGCAUCUGCCUGGCGGACGUGUCGGUGGUGGGCGUGGCGCAGCACAGCGCCUUCCCCACGGCGACCGUGCGGGUCGGCGCUGGCGGGGCAACGGAGGACGGCGGCGCGGAGGGUGGCGGCGCGGCCGCCACGACCCCGGCCCCGUCUGCCCCGCCGCCCUGCUUCCAGCCCCUGCCAGGGAGCCAGCCGGCGCUGCACUGCCUGCUACACCGCCAGCUGGCAGGCGGCCGCGGCGAGCGCGCGCUGGCGCUGGCGCGCUGGUACGCCGCCGCGCCGCACUUCCCCCGGUCCGCCGAGUGGCUGCUGUUCACCGCGCUGGAGGGUGUUCAGAAAGCGGCGGCGUGCCUGCUGGUGAUCAACCACCUGGAGGGCCCCGGCACCGCCCAGAACCUGGCGGUGCAGGUUGUGCGCGAGGCGGUACGCUCGCAGCGGUACGCGCUGGCCGCAGAGGCCAUCCGCUUCCUCACGCCGCCGGGGGAGGAGGGCCUGCUGCAGGCCGUGGGCCUCGUGGGGCGGCAGGGCGCCGCGGGCGUGGCCGCCGCGCGCCGCGCCUCGCUGGCGGGCGCGGGCGGCAGAGGACCUGACGGCACGGGGACGCCGGGCGCGGGCCUGGCCGGCUGGCUGUGGUCGUGGUGGGGCGGCGCGGGCGAGGCUGGCGGGGCCGGGACGGCGCGCGUCGGCGAGCCGUCCGACGCCGCGCCCCCGACCCUAGAGCGGUCGAGCGGGGCGGCCCCGGCGCCGCUGCGCCGGCACAGCUCGUCGCGCCAGGUCAGCGCCUCGCUGGAGACGCUGGACUCGCUGACGCCGCUGGUGGACGUCUGGGACCUGCUGGCCGGCCACGCGCGGGCGCUGGUGGAGGACGCCGCGUACGCGCGCCUGGCGGGCUUCAGCGCCGCGCUGCGUGCGCUGCCGGGCACCUCGCUGGCGACGCUGCUGGGCGGCACGGGCGGGACGUGGGCGGCGCUGCUGCAGGUCGCGCCGGUCCUGCGCGCAGCGCUGGGGGCGCCGGGCGAGGGCGAGGGCGGUGGAUCGGAGGUGGGCGGGGCGGUGACAGCCGACGGCGACGGUGCCCCGGGAGCGCCGGGGAGUCGAUGA